CAGCAGUUGAGAGACGGCCAGUUUGAAGAAGCCACGUGAUGAAUCUUACUUCCUCUAACAGUCAGAUUCUGUGCGUCUCUUCUGAUCACAGACACAGAGAUGCCGGGGACAAGAAUGACGAACCUGCAGAGCGCCGCAAAGCCAGCGUUAAUGGAGCCUCCACAGCGCCGCGCAGCAACGCAGGGAGACGUGCAGAUGCGCAUGAAGAGCUCCCAGAACUCCAGUGAACGCCUCAGUCAGUCCAAGUCCAUGGUGCUGCAGGAGUCCGACCUCCCACAGAACCCUAUCUCUCGGCAUCGCAGGAAUCAGUCUCAGCACAACGUGAACGUUGCAGGAGCUGCCACUUUUGAACCAUUGGUGGAGCUGAAAGGGGACCUCCUGAAUGUGGCUAAGAUCUCAGACAGCGGUAAGAAACAAAGGAAGAACUGGACCUUGAUGUGGAGCGUACUGACCUCAGACCAGCUGCUGUUUUAUAAAGAGAGACAACAAGAAGCUAAUCUGAAAACAGGAAGUAAGACAGAUGUGGUUCAGCUGUGUGGUGCUGUUGUCGAGUGGACGACAGAGAAGUCAAGCAGGAAAAAUGUCUUCCAGAUCACAACAAACACAGGAAGUGAUUACCUCCUUCAGGCUGACAGUUACUCCACCGCCAGUAAAUGGUACGCUGCCAUCAGAAAGAUCGUUGACUUUUCAACUAAGCUUCCUCUGAGGAGGUCAAACAGCACAGAGUACCUGUCCAGACAUAGCUCACUACCUGGACAUGGAUCAGCAUCCCCCAACGCCAAGCAACGCAACCCGGUCCACAGACGCUCCAUCAAUAUGUUUGGCAGCUCCAAAUUGAAACACAGCACCUCCGACAGCGCCGACAAGAAUGGAGUGAAGAACCGACUGAAGAAGUUCAUCAUCAGACGUCCGUCCAUGAAGACACUGCAGGAGAAAGGCCUCAUCAAAGAUCGAGUUUUCGGCUGUCAUCUGUUGACUCUCUGCGAGCGUGAAGGAGCCACAGUGCCGAGGUUUGUCCAGAUCUGUUUGGACGCCAUUGACAAGCGAGGUCUGGAGGUUGACGGGAUCUACAGAGUCAGUGGAAAUCUUGCCACAAUCCAGAAACUUCGCUUCAUCGUCGAUCAGGAGGAGGACCUGAACCUGGACCACAGUCAGUGGGAGGACAUCCACGUCGUCACUGGAGCACUCAAGAUGUUUUUCCGGGAACUGCCCGAGCCGCUAUUCCCCUUCAGAUUCUUCCAGCUGUUUGUGGAGGCUGUCAAGAUUAAAGAAUCCAAACAUAAAGUUCAGGCUGUGAAGAAACUGAUCCAGGAGCUGCCCAAACCUAACCAGGACACCAUGAAGCUGCUCUUCAAACACCUGCACGGAGUUCUGGCCUUUUCCAGGAAGAACCUGAUGUCCUCUCAAGGCAUCGGCAUCGUUUUCGGCCCCACGCUGAUGUGGCCCGAGAUGGACGCAGGAAACAUGGCCGUCAACAUGAUCUACCAGAACCAGAUUGUGGAGUUCAUCCUUAUUGAGAGCCGAGAAAUCUUCAACCUGGACAGGAUGUAAAGUUCCUGAGGUGGAUCUGAUCAUCUGAUGGACUCACAUUUACACACAAAGUUAUAAAUAACUGAAUUCCUGCUAAAAAGUUAAUGUUUUAACAGAAAACAGACUGGACUGUAAAAAAUAAACGGGCAGUUUUUGAUCAGAACAAAAGAACAGAAUUUUUUUUUAUUAGCGCUAACAGAUCUGUAAUCAAUAAAUUAUUGAGUUUAAAUGUUCCAGUCUCACAGAGAGCAAAGUCACCAGCCAAAUUUCAUUAAAAAAAUAUUUUUUGUUUGAGAGAUCCUAAAAUAUACAGGACCCCAGAUAAUAAGGUACAGCAGUAUAUUUAUAAAGUACAGAAGUAUAUACCUGACUCCAUCUUUAUACAGACCUGACUCCAUCUUUACAGAACUGAUUCCAUCUUUACAGACCUGACUCCAUCUUUACAGACCUGACUCCAUCUAUAUAGACCUGACUCCAUCUUUAUAGACCUGACUCCAUCUUUACAGACCUGACUCCAUCUAUAUAGACCUGACUCCAUCUAUAUAGACCUGACUCCAUCUUUAUAGACCUGACUCCAUCUUUACAGACCUGACUCCAUCUUUAUAGACCUGACUCCAUCUUUACAGACCUGACUCCAUCUUUAUAGACCUGACUCCAUUUUUAUUCCGGGUCGGACGAGGUCCGGUGUCCAGUGGUAAACUCAUAAACUGUAAGCUCAUAAACUGAGCCCGACUCUCCCCACUGGGGCCACAAGUUAUUAUUAUAUUUGUGAUGGUCUGUAGUUAUUAGUGUAUUUGUGAUCUCUGUAAUUAUCAAUCUAAUAUAUGAAUAUACUUUUGGUGGUGAUAGCCUAGUGGUCUGGUGGUUUGGAAGGCAAUACCAGUUCAAUACCAGGGCUGCACCAAUGUACCCCUGAGCAAUGUACUUAAUCCCCAGUUUCUCCAGGGAGACUGGCCCUGUAGUUAGUCUACUGUAAAUUGCUCUGGGUGAGAGCGUCCGCUAAAUGACCUGUAAUGUAAUACUUUAGUUCUCAGUGAGCAGGUUUAUAUCACCACACUACUUCAAUCGACAUACUGCAUGAUACACUUUAAUAACACAUAAAGUUACAGACAGACAAACAGAAACUGGUGCUAAAGUCUCAGAUUAAUGUCCAGGAUGUUUACAACAGCUCACAAUGAAACACUGUUUUACGCUGUACUAUCACACCGAUAGAAACACUCUGAGCUCAUGAAUACUGUCUCAA